UGUGGCGACUUCGUAGUUGACUUCAUGGGUUGGUUUGUCGGCUUCAUUGCUUUUUGCAUUGUCAUCGUGUUUUCCUUCCAAUCAACACAGCUGAACACGGGUUCGAUGAUGAUGUGUCGCCGAUUAUCCUUGGCCUGAAGUCACAAGACCCGGGAGAGCGAUCCGCCGGCCUUAUCAAUUUGUACCGCCUUUUGAAGCGGCAGCACCCCAGUGCGGGUCACCCUAGGACGCGGAAGACCAUGGCCCUUCUUGGCCAGCACGACGGCGUGUUGAUGGAGGCCAUGCUGGCGGACUCACAGGCCUGGACCAUCCCUGCACUGAGACAUGUACUUAAGCGGCUUGUGGACCUGGCCUAUCCGUUUCGAUGGACUACAGCCGACCUGAAGAGGCGGACAACAGGGUUCGAGCGGGUAAGGUCGUCCCUGGCCGACAGAGAAGCUGGUGGUGCAUUGGCGGAGGAGGGCCGCGGCUUGCUGUAUGAGAUCGAGGUUGCCAUCUUCCAAGUGCUGCACGCCGCCAUGACAAGUGGUGCUUUGGAUGAACCGGCGGCCUAUCGCAACUACGUCUUGGCACAUCACCGUUCCCUCAUCAGCAGAGCCCGAGCACUGGGCAUCGACGAGUCGGGCCAAGACCAGGACCUUGCCGUCGCAGCCCAGAAGUUUCUCCGCGCCCUUUCCUCGAGCAGUCCACCUGCUGGCCAGCAAGACGCCGCCGAUAACGCAACCAACGAAACCACUUCAACGCUCCCGGUACAUAGACACGCACACACAAUCGCGUGGGGGUGAGGAACACCGUAUUGAGUUCUUGCGGGUGUGUGUGAAUCCAUGCAGCAGGAACCAGAGGCCUUCCCAUCGAAGGGCUUCCUGUCGGCCGUGUGUGUCGUCCUCCUCUCCGUGUUACUCUUUCCCUAUCCUCGAAGCAUGUGCAAGUCCCCAGAAGACCAGCUGCCUCUGUCGAUCGAUGCGCAGAUCCGGGACAGAGAUGCCAAGUAGGCAAGGGCAACCCAACAGCCUGCCGGACAACAUCGAUCAUGGAUCGGUCUGUGUGUCUUUGUCUGUCAGAAUACUGACCCUUGAACUGGUAAAAAGGAACGCCUCCAUCAAGGAGAAAGAGCUGCGGUGAGCUGAGAACCUUGUGUGGAUCGACAGUACAGUGCUUCCCUUCCCUUUGUCCGUGUCUGUCUGCACAUCUGCAGGAAGGAGAUCAGGACUCUCACGGAUCUGUAGGCACACAGCAAGGGCGUCCCGGCCUCCCUACAGACUGACGCCUUCCUAUCCUUUGCGGGCCUUCCAUCCAUUCAGGCUUUUUCAUGAGAAGGGCCGCCUCAGUGACCAAUCCGCGGAGCAGAGCAAGAGGACGGCGCUGGUGCGGGACCUAGAGACACGGUCAGUGGUCGACACGAGGAGGACCAUGCAGCGCCCGCUGGGUUCAAAAUUUGUUCCGUUUCUGGGCAGCAUUGAGGCCAUGUCCGGUUCGCCUGUCGAGGAACGGAAACAGAUCGAGGAGAGCAAUGCAAAGUGGGUACAUACACACAUACUAGAAGGAAGAGAACCGUCGGUAUGAUGAAUGAAGCGAUCUCUGUUGUCGGCAGGAUCGAGACGCUGGAAGCUGAGGCGAGGAAAACCGUUCUCCAGGAGAAACAGCUGCGGUGGGUCGGUCAGCGGAGAGACGCCCUCCCAUUUGUCUCUCUCAUUUGUCUGUCUGUCGUAUGGUCAGCAACGAGAACAAGACACUGCGGCAGAGUGUACGAGGCUACCAGGAUACCCUUGGCAGAUCUCGCAGCAAGGAGGAACAGCUGCGGUCAGUGAGUCAACGAGUCCGCCUUUCACGCAAGCCGCUGAUCUUUUUUGUUGUCCAUCUUCCAUGUCUGCAGGGGCGAGAUCAAGGCACUCAAGGACAAGGCGACUCUGCAGGAGGUUCCCAACCGGUAGGCUACAUGCCAUGAUACGCAGGCCGUCUUUUGUCUGUGCAGCCUCCUUUCUCUCCUUGCUUUCUGUUUUUCUUUUUCUUUUGUCAAGCGAGAGGGAGCAGCAGCUGGCCAUGUGGGAGGAGCAGCUCAACGAGAAGGGCAAGGCGCUCAGCGACAAGGAGGGGGAACUCGCCACCAAGACGACAGUGACGCCAGAAGACAGGAAGCGGUACGUGACGGAGGCAAGCAUGGGGCCCGUGGGGUGAAGUGCACUCAUUGCACACCAGGUCACCACAUGUAUCCUGUGCCUCUGCAGGAUGGAGUCUAUGUGUUGGACACUCGCCGAGAAGGACAUGGAGCUGGCGCUGCUCCGCAGCUGCAACGAGCAGCAGGUCAAGAGCCUCCAACGGCAGGAGAGAGAGGUCGGCGAGCUAACCCGGCGACUCAAGGACGCCAACAGCCGGCUGCAGCAGAAGACCAUCGACCACAGGAGUGUCAGCCGUGAACGGGACCAACAGGCUGGGCAGAUAGCGGAGCUGAUGGACCAACAAAACUGGCUGCUGGAAAAGUGGGGAUGAACACAGACAGACCAACGAGCGCAUGAGUCUAUGUGUGUGUUUUUCUUCAGCAUGAAGGUGGUUGAUUGUGCGAGGCAGCAGCUGGAGACGCACAAGCAGCAGCUGGAGGCCGACAUCCGUGGACUGCGUGGCGAGCUGCAGCAGUCGCAGCUGCGACUCAAACACCUGACCAUGCGGGAUGACGUGGAUGUCGGCCGCCUCACGUAAGUCGCAAGCGUGAGGAAACGAGGCCCGCGAUGUUCCAAUCGUGACCUUUUCUGUCGUGUCAGUGAGUUCGCUGGGAUGACUGAGGACGACCUUGCCGCACGGCCCAUCAUCAGCCUCAUCAACGCGCAGGACGACGCCCGCAAGGCCAAGGACAUACACGAGAAGAGGUCAGUCGUGAAAGCAGAAAGAACACAUAGUCAGGAGGGGAGCGAAAUAUAGGGGCGCGGCGCAUGCAGUUGACUCGUAUGUCGCCUUGUCAAUCUGCGUCAGGCUGGAUGGCAUGCGGUCGCUGUGGGACAAGCUGCAGACUGCCUCGAUGCUGGCGGCCGUGCGGGCGCAGACCAACACGGAGGAGUGCAGCAUAUGCAUGAGCGCCACCAAGACCAAAACAUUCAUUCCGUGUGGCCAUUUCGUGUCGUGCGACAAGUGCGCGUCUCAAGUGUUCCGCCGGCCCGGCCGUCUCUACCCCAUCUGCCGAAGACAAAUACAGCGCCUCCAGGACACGUACGCACAAGGAAUGGGACAGGCCGGCCGCUGUGUACGUGAGCCUUCCCUGUGUGGUUUGCCUUGCAGGCACAGUGUCUGAUGGAUGCAUCAAUGGGGAUGCAACGCGGACGCAGGAUGCGCGAGUGGCUUGUGCGGUUUGCAGCGACGCGGCCGGCUGUCGUCCUGUCUGUAGCGAGGGGGUAGAUUGCUUUCCCUUUCUGACACAUACAGGAGUAGCUUAGCUUGUUGGAUUUUGCGACAAAUCAAAUCGGGUGUGUGUACAUGUGCAUGCAUAGCUAUGUGUACAUAGCAGCCCAGCCGGGCCUCUG